GAAAUUCAGGCGGAACUUCCGGUUCAAGUGUGAACAUACAAAGAUGCUUCUUUACUGUUAGGAUUAUGAAGUAAGUAAAGUAAAUGUUGUAGAGUCUUACUUUGUACCAACAAUAACAGUAGAAGCAUUUUCUCAAGACUAUUUUAUAUUGUAUAGUGUAACGAUUUAUUUAAAAUGGGUUUAUACCCGACUUCAUUUGAAAGUCGAUACCCGCGAAACUGAUGCAACAGUAAUGUCUCGUUGGAUUUAACUGAGUUGUAAUGACCACCGUUUGACUGCUAAUAAGGGUAAAAAAAAUCAUGCAGAAGAAUUUCCUAAUAUUUCGUUAUGUUUUUCGCCCGUUCUAUGGUAUUCGAAUGCAUUUAAAGUUCCAUGUUUGGCGUUAUCAAUGUCGUUAGCAUUUAAUUAUAGCAACAUGAGCAGGCAGAAGCAGCUACCUAUGCAACACUGCCAUCUGUUGGACGAGGGUCUCAUUCUUACAGCUACGCAAGCACACCAGGACAGCGAUACCAUAAAUGGAAACAAAAGAAAACCGAAAAAAAGAAAAUAUUUCUUACAAGUCACAGACCCUGAGUGUCGGCAUAAUGUCUGCAAAGCCUGCUCCUAUCAAGAAAUCCCCGGCCAAGAAGGCCCCAGAAAAGGCUCCUGAAAAAGAGCCCGAGCCUGAAGCAGCUCCUGCUCCUCCUGCUGAGGCUCCUGCUCCUCCUGCUGAGGCUCCUGCUCCUCCUGCUGAGGCUCCUGCUCCAGCUGAGGCACCGGCUGAAGCUCCUGCUGCUCCUGCUGCUCCUGCAGAACAACCUGCUCCUCCUGUUGCAGAAGAAAAAGCUCCUCCUGCUGCUCCUGUUGAGGACGUGCCUGCUGCCGGUGCUCCCUCUGCUCCUGUGGACGUCUCAGUGGACGACGUCACUGACACCAGUGUGAGCGUCAAAUGGGAUACCCCGGAAAAUAUCGGAAACUCUGGUCUGAGAGGAUUCAUCGUGGAGUACCGUAAAGAUGGAACGUCAGACUGGGUUGUCGCCAACCACGAUGUGACCAUAUCAAACCGCUUCUCCAUCAAGAACCUGACCACUGGUGACCUGCUCCACGCCCGCGUGAUCGCUGUCAACUCUAGUGGUCGUGGUGUACCUGGAGUCCUCCCUCAACCUGUGACCAUCAGAGCGGUUGCCGAUCAUCCUAAAAUCCGCAUGCCUCGUGCCCUCAGUUCCCGCUGCGUUAAACAGGUCGGAGAGCCGGUCAACUUGGUCAUUCCCUUCCACGGAAAACCAAAACCUGUGGUGUCGUGGCUGAAGGACGGUCAGCCUGUGGAUAUGAAGCGCGUUAACAUCAGGAACAGCAACAGGGACAGUAUUCUGUUCAUCCGCAGCGCUCAGAGGGAGGACUCCGGUGUCUACGAGAUGUCUGUCAAAGUGGACAGCUUGGAGGACAAGGUGACACUGACGCUGCAGAUUGUAGAGCUUCCUGGUCCUCCUACCAGUAUCAAGCUGGUGGACUGCUGGGGUUUUAAUGCUGCACUGGAAUGGACUCCACCAAAGGACAACGGUAACACCGAAAUUACCGGAUACACAGUCCAGAAGGCAGACAAAAAAACCGGGGAAUGGUUCACUGUUUUGGAGCACUACCACAGACUCACCGUUACCAUCACAGACCUCAUCAUGGGAAACUCCUACAAUUUCCGGGUCUUUUCUGAGAACAAAGUAGGGAAGAGCGAGUCUGCUGCUGUCACCAAAAAGCUGGCCACCAUCCAGAAGACAGAUGUCCAGUGCAAACCUCCUGAGUAUGUGGAUCAUGACUUCAGCGAGGCGCCAAAGUUCACCACAUCCCUGACCAACCGCGCCGCCACUGUGGGCUACACAACAAAACUGCUGUGUUCUGUCCGAGGAUCUCCCAAGCCAAAGAUUGAGUGGCUGAAGAACCAGAUGGUCAUCGGUGAUGACCCAAAGUUCCGACAGAUCUCCAAGCAGGGCAUCUGUUCUCUAGAGAUCCGCAAACCUAGCAGUUUUGAUGGCGGCGUGUACACCUGCAGAGCCAAGAAUGACCAGGGGGAAGCAGUGGUGUCCUGCAAACUGGAGGUCAAACAAGUGAUUCUUCCGGAUGCUGAGAAGGGAAAAUAAACCACAGAAUUUGAGGACAAGACAGGGGAAGAACAAGAAUCAGUGUGUAAAUAAUGGAGACAGACAGAGCAAGCAGUGUGUGUGUGAGUGUGUGUGUGUGUAAAAAAACAAACCUCUGAUCCCUGUUACAGUAACUGUAUGACUGCUUUAAUAAAGAACAAACAUUAAAGUCGUAUUUUCAGAGCCUGGACAUUUUUAACCGUUGACAUCAUCACAGAGGGUGACAUCACUGUUAGCCCACCGUCACCCUGGUGUCACCGGCCCUUUAAAUGAAUUAUGUUACUUUAACAGCUUUCUUUUUUUUUUUACCCAUAAACAAUGUGAAAAACACCUACUCACUGUAACAUCCUGAUGCUGUCAUGUGACUGUCAAUUUGCGUAGUAAUGACAUCACUUCCAAAAUGUCUGUGCGCCUAGUUGGGCAGCGAGGCAGAUCCAGCUUCAUUUGGAAGCCUUGUUUUCUGUGGUAAAAGAUUUGUUGUUGUUGCUGCUACAAUUUAAUAUAAAAACAGAAGAGCAAUGAUUGCAGCAGGAAAUAUGUCACAUCAGGCUUUUAAUUUAAAAAUCAACAUGGGAAAUAGCUUGUGACUUAUUUCUCUCACAAUAAGAAAAUGGUAAAGCUGCUAAAUUACUGCUACUGAAUCAAUUAUUUUUGGUUCAAAUCAAUGCAGACAUGAACAAAUAAAGAAUGCCAUUUAAUAUUCAUUCAAUUCUAAAUAAAAUGUAUAAUGAAAAAUA